AUGAGCGACUUUGUCAUCCAGGACCAGGACCUGGUUGGUCUCAAAGACAAAGUCGUAAUUGUCACAGGCAGCUCCUCAGGUAUUGGCCUAGCAACAACACAGCUCCUCCUCUCCCUCGGCGCCAAGGUGGUCGGAGCAGAUGUCUCCCCGCCCAAGAAGCCCCUCUCGAGCCCCUCCUACACCCACCACGAGACUGACGCCUCCUCCUGGGCCGACCUGUUGGCCCUCUUCAAGGCCAUCAAGGCACGCCACGGCCGCAUCGACCAUGUCUUUGCCAAUGCUGGCAUCGGACCCGCGGCCAACUACUUUCCCAACCCGGACGGGAAGCCUGGUGACGAUGAGCACGACGAGAACGGCGACCCGCUGGAGCCCAGCCAGAAGCUGUACAAUCUCAACCUAAACGGCGCCAUCAACACUGCCACGCUGGGGAUCUACUACCUGAGGAUGAAUGAAGUGGCCGCAGAGACGGAGACGGGCAGCAAGGGCAGUGUGGUCAUCACUUGUUCGAUCGCAAGUCUGCAGCGCUUCGGAGGCGUGGAUUACUGUGCCUCGAAACACGGUGUGUUCGGGUUCAUGCGCGCCAUGCGCCAACAGCUCAUCCGGAAUGACAUCCCCAUCCGCAUCAACGGCCUGGCGCCGUCAUGGACGCGCACGGGGAUGCCUCCAAAGGCCAUGUACGACCUGGGCAUCGAGACGCAGCCGGCCGAGGUGGUGGCGCGGGCCGCGGCACUGCUCAUGGCCGACGAGAAGAGGCAUGGCGAGCUGCUGUAUGUGGCCAAGGGCAAGGUCAAGGAGAUUGACGAGGCGGUGCUCAUGCCGACUUACUAUGGCAUUGUGGGUGGGCGAGGGCAGACUGAGGAUGAUGACUUUGCGAGGAUGUUGCAGGCAGAGGGUGGGAAAUAUAUUCCGAAUUCGUAG